AGUGGGUGAAUCUCAUCAUCAUCCUCAUGACAGAAGUAAAUCCAGAAGAGGUCCUUGCUUGCUUGAGAAAAGGGGAUCACAGUCUGACUGUUGAUUGAUUGACUGACUAUUUACUGGUAAUUUUUAUUAACUGUGUCUACUUACUACUUUAAAGGUAGCUUCUUUUUUAAUAUUUAGAAAGAAAACCAGUAAUAAACCCACACACAGAAAACAAGAGGAUUCCUUCUUCAUAUAUAGAGAAGCAUAACUACAGAAUCAUCAUCUUCCCUUCCACCUCCUUCCUCUUUCUCUCUCCCCUCUUCACUCUAAUAAAAGCCUCCAUCCAUCCAUCCACCCCCCUCUCUUUCCAUCACAAAAUCUACUGUGAAAGAGAAGUUAAUAAUAAUUCUUCUCCAAGGAAAUUGAUAAGGUAUAUAAGCUGUCUAUAUCAACCCUUCCUCCCCAAAAUACACUUCCUUCUCUAUUUCCCUCUCUCCCUUUCUCUUUCAGUUUUUCAUCAUAUUCCACCUUUCUUGUGGGCAAGCUAUCAUUCUUCAACCUCCUCACACAGCAAGAAAAACAGACUGCUAUGAUCACUGCCUAUGAGAUUUGUGGCAGCAACCCAAGUACUACAAGGAGCAUAAUUUGUACAUAGCAAGAGAAAGUCCAUGACUUGCAAUGGGAUGGCUUUCUUCCAAACAAACUUCAUGCUCCAAACCCAUCAUGAUGAGGAAGAAGAAGAUCACCAUCACCAGCCUCCAACUUCUCUCAACCCAAUUCUCCCUUCCUGCACACCACAGGACUUCCAUGGGAUGGCAUCAUUCCUAGGGAAGAGAUCCAUGUCAUGUUCAGGGAUUGGAGAUCAUGAAUUGGAAGGUGGGAACAAUGGUGGGGAUCAGCUGGAUGAGCUAUCAGAUGAUGGAUCACAGGCAGGAGAGAAGAAGAGGAGGCUGAACAUGGAACAAGUGAAGACAUUGGAGAAGAACUUUGAGUUGGGGAACAAGCUUGAACCAGAGAGGAAAAUGCAGCUGGCUAGAGCUCUUGGGCUGCAGCCUAGGCAGAUUGCUAUCUGGUUCCAGAACAGGAGAGCCAGGUGGAAGACCAAGCAGCUUGAGAAAGACUAUGAUGUCCUGAAGAGACAGUUUGAAGCUGUCAAAGCUGAUAAUGAUACCCUUCAAGCCCACAACCAGAAGCUUCAUGCUGAGAUAAUGGCACUGAAAAGCAGGGGACCAACACAUGAAGCAAUCAACCUGAACAAAGAGACUGAAGGGUCAUGCAGCAACAGAAGUGAAAGCAGCUCGGAUAUCAAGCUAGACAUCUCAAGGACACCAGCAGCCAUUGACAGUCCUCUAUCAUCUCAACAUCCAACUCCAACCACAACAACAAGCAGUGGCAGGCCAUUCUUCCCAACUACAUCAUCAUCUCAUCAUCAUCAACAACAGCAACAACAUAAUGUUAGGCCUCCAGCAGCUCCUCCAUCUGGGCUGGUACAGCAGCUUUUCCACAACAACAGCACUUCACCUUCGACAAGGCCGCCAGACCAUCAUAAUCAGCACCACCAUCCUCAAUUGGGGCUCCAGUGUCAGAAGAACAUUGAGCAGAUUGUGAAGGAAGAAACCCUCACCACCAUGUUCUGUGGCAUGGAUGAUCAGUCUGGGUUCUGGCCAUGGCUUGAGCACCAACAGUUCAAUUGAAAUCAAAUAAUCAUGAUCAUGGUGGUUGAUGGUGAUAAGCAAAGAGUGCUUAGUAACAAGUGGUGCCAAGAAUGCAGAGGAAUUGAUUAUACAACCAGCCAUGGCAACUUCUUACAUACAAGUUUUACCAUCAACCACCUCCUCCUCCCCACAACCAUAUGCAGAAGGGGGAAAAAAAAGUUUGGUAAUUUAAUAUUUUUCCCCAAGUGUUUUUUUUUUAUGUUUAAUUAUAAAAAGAAAGAUUCCCCUUCCAUGUGUUGUUGGUGCUUAAUUAGAUUGGUGCAUAUAAACAAGUAGGAGGUUAAGGAGGUGAUGAUGAAGAUGGUGCUCUUAAGUAUUAAGUGACAGUGUCUUUUCAUUUCUUUUCUUCUUUCCAUUGAAUGAGAGGGAAAUAAAAAAAGGGGUUUGUGUCCUUUUUUUUUAGUUACAGUUUUCACAUACCAUAUGUCCUCAGCUUUUUUGUUCAUUUCUCUGUAGUUUGUUCAUUCUUAUCAUCAAUCUUUCUUCUGGGUUAAUUUUUUCUUUUUUUUUAAUUUGUUUGAGUAUAUGAUCAUUGACAAUCAAAAAAUACAUAUAUUUCUUUUAUUGAUUAACUA